UUUCCCUCGAAAGCACACACUCAGAGGUCUGGAACAAAGAAACCGGCUCUUUUAAGCCAUUCUUCUAUAUAUAAACAAAUUUGGAAAUGCUGUCGCGAGCCACCAAAUCAGAUAAAUUCAAAAGGCUCCUCGAGGCACGCCGUACCGGUACCAUUGUGGCCCACUCUUCGGACGAAGAAGACGCGUCGAUCUAUGACGAGGUUGAUGAGGAUGAAUUUCGCCAGCGGAAGCGUGAACAGCUCAUGAACGAUGAUUUUAUCGUGGAUGACAAUGGUGAGGGAUAUGUUGAUAAUGGUGGUGACGAGUGGGACGAAUCUACACGGCCGAAUUACUACUCCGACGAAGAAGAACCCGGCACGAAGAAACGAAAACGGGAGAAACCACAGAAAAAAAUAGCGAAAGUGUCCACCACUACAGAUAUUAACAGCUUUUUCACCGCGGAUUCUGUUCCAAAACCAAAGAUCAAGACUGAAGCAAAGGCUAGCAUUGACGACAUCUUGGACGACUUUGAUUCACCCAAAUCAACGAAGAAGCAAAAGGUUUUCGGAUCCACCACAAGCAAGCCUAAAAAGUCCACUGCCUCUGCGUUCGGCUUCUUCACAUCUUCAACGGCAAAGCCUAAAAAGGUCAAGCCCCCUUCGGUAUCGAAGAAUUUCAAGACGGAACCCUCAGCACAUUCUGAUGGCCUAGAUUCGGCUUCCCAAGUAAACGCAAAUGUCAGCUCCAGCUUGCAAUCUGAUGUGGUGGAUGAGCUUGAACCGACAGAGCCCUUAGACUUGGAAACUGGUUCAGUCACCCAAUCUCUCACUACGUCACCUAAGGCAGAAACUCCCGAUGUGGACAACAACGACGAAAGCGAUGACGAUGACGAGAUUGUUGUUCGCAGAAGACCAAAAACGGCGGUGGCUGCACCAAAAUCUGGUCCAGUGAAUGUCUCUGCUGUCAAGACCUCAGAAAUUCUGGUCUCUACUAGAUUAGCAUCUUCUUCUGGUAUGCCCACGUACGCAUCAAUCUCGCAAACAGAAAAAUUGUCGAGUGAGAAUGUCGUUGAUGACGGCUCAUUCAAGAUGUUCUGGUUGGAUUACGCUGAAGCGGAUAGCACUCUUCUUCUCUUCGGAAAAGUGUUGUCGAAAGAUGGCUCCUGUGUUUCUGCUGUUGUUCAAGUUAACGGGUUAUACAAAGAACUCUUUGUGUUGCCCAGAGAAUCUCGAGUUGUCGACUCGGAAGAAACCAACCAGCCAGUAGAAAUGAAGGAUGUGCAUGAAGAACUUGCUCCAAUUCUUAUUCAACAAUACGGCUUAGACAAGCUCCGCGCUAGGCCAGAAAAAUUAAAGUAUGCUUUUGAGUUGCCAGGCGUUCCAAAAGAAGCCGAUUACUUAAAAAUACUUUUGCCUUUCAAGACCAAUAGAAACAGGAACUUAGUCAUGCCAGCUGAGAUUGAGGGUGAAACAUUCCAGAGAAUUUUUGGCACAAACGCAAACAUUUUUGAGUCAUUCGUGUUGCAGCGCAACAUCAUGGGACCUUGUUGGUUAGAAAUCAAAAAUGGUGAUUUCCAAGCAAUUAAGAACGCAUCUCAUUGCCAGGUCGAGGUGUCGGUUGCUUCAGCUGAUUGUGUGACCCCACUUGUCAACACUCCCUUAGCUCCUCCAAGCUUGACAACUGUGACAAUUUCCGUUCAGACGAUUAUGAAUGUGAAACAAAAUAAACAGGAGGUGGCAUGUAUUAGUUUGGCAACUUAUAAAAAUGUUCCACAAGAUUCUCCUGUGGAUGAAGGAAAAGAGCCUGAAGAACUUCUUACUUUGGUUCGUCCUAUCGGAGCUAGCGUAUUUCCCCCUGGACUUCGGCAGACAGCAGAAAAGCAUAGCUUGAACGUGAAAACACUCCCGAAUGAAGCAUCCAUGCUUGGGUGUAUGGCCGCGCUUAUCAAGAAUAUUGAUCCUGAUGUAAUUGUGGGCCACAGGCUAGAAAAUAUUUCAUUGGAUGUCUUAGUUCAUCGAAUGCAUGACUUGAGGGUCGCUACCUGGUCUGCCAUGGGAAGGAGAAAUAGGAAGCUGUGGCCAGACAAAUUUGGAAAAGGAACUGGAUUCAACAAUAAUCUAAUCAUCAGAGAGAUCUUUCAGGGCCGUCUAUUAUGUGAUAUUGCAAAUGAAUUAGGUCAAUCUCUCACUUCAAAAUGUCAGUCGUGGGAUUUGCCUGAAAUGUACGAGGUGGUUUGUCAUGAAAAGCACGUGUCUCCUGAAAUCAACUUCCACAAUCCUCGAUAUGCCGAAGAUGCUAGCUUUUUGCUCAUGCCAUUGAAAGAAAACAUAACUCAAGUGUUAAUUACGGCCAAGAUUUCUUUUGCUGUUCAAAUAUUGUCGCUUUCCAAGCAACUCACUAAUUUGGCUGGCAAUGCUUGGUCUCACACAUUGUCAGGUACAAGAGCUGGUCGCAAUGAGUUUAUUCUACUACACGAGUUCAAAAAGAAUAACUACGUUGUGCCUGAUAAGGAAGAUAAGUAUCACAAAAAUACCAAUCACCAGCAGGAAGCGAAGCUUGAGGCCGCUGAGGAUGAUGCAACUACAGUUACCUCAAACAAGAAACCUAAGUAUCAAGGUGGUUUGGUUUUCGAGCCGGAGAAAGGCUUGCACAAAAACUACAUCUUGGUCAUGGAUUUUAACUCGUUGUAUCCAAGCAUUAUUCAAGAAUUCAAUAUCUGCUUCACAACAGUGUUGCGAGAUGCAUACAAUAUCUCACAUGAUGAAGAUAAGGAUAUGCCUGAUAUUCCAGAAAGAGACUCUGAAGCUGGUGUGUUACCAAGACUCCUUAAUACAUUGGUUUCUCGGCGUCGUGAAGUGAAAAAACUUCUCAAAGAUUCAAGAAUUUCAAGCAGCGAGCGUGCACAAUAUGACAUCAAGCAACAAGCCUUAAAGUUAACAGCCAAUUCUAUGUAUGGAUGUUUGGGCUAUGUGAACUCUAGGUUUUAUGCCAAACCUUUGGCCAUGUUAGUGACAAACAAAGGUCGUGAGAUUUUGAUGGAUACCAGACAACUAGCUGAACUGAUUGGAUUAAGAGUCGUGUAUGGUGAUACUGACUCUGUUAUGAUAGAUACAGGUGCUUCCUCAUUUCAGGAAGCAUUGAAGAUCGGUGAUGAGUUCAAGGUACAAGUGAAUGAGAGAUACAAAUUGUUGGAGAUUGACACUGAUAAUGUCUUCAAGAGAUUACUUCUUCAUGCGAAGAAAAAGUAUGCUGCAAUGAAUGUAAGCAUAGACAAGAAAACUGGAAAGGAAGUCUUGUCUUUGGAGGUUAAAGGUCUCGAUAUGAGAAGACGUGAGUAUUGCCAAGCCUCGAAAGAUAUCUCCACGUUUGUCUUAAAGAAGCUUCUCUCGGAUAUGGAUCCAGAAGAGGCACUAACUGAGGUCUAUGAGUACUUGGAAAGUAUGAACAAAAAGAUCAGAGACAACGAGCUCUCUAUCGACAAAUUCUCGAUAAAUACUCGUUUAUCCAAAGACCCGACAAGCUAUCCAAACGGAAAGUCUAUGCCUUCUGUCCAAGUAGCGCUCAGGCUCCGGAAGCAAGGAAAGGUUGUGAAAGCGGGAAGCGUGGUAACAUUCAUCAUCACUGCCCCUGUUAAUGCUGAAGAUGAUGGUAACCCUGCUCUGAGGGCUCGUCCAAUUCAAGAAGUCUUGAGCAAUAAGGAAUCAUUCAAGCCUGAUUGCGACUAUUACUUGGAAAAGCAAAUAUAUGCCCCUGUGGAACGUCUUUUGAAUAAGAUUGACGGUGUUGACUUAAUGCGUGUGGCCACAUCUCUUGGCAUAGACUCUAAGAAAUAUGUCAUGAGACUCCGGAACUCAGAGGGAUUGGACUUAGAUGUUUCGCCUUUGGAAUCGAAUGUCACAGACGUUGAAAGAUUCAGGCAAGUCAGUUUCUUGGUCUUAAAGUGCAAAUGUGGACACCAAUUUAGGUUUGGAGGAAUCAUGUUUUCGUCAGAUUACCGAGUGACAUUCAACGGAAUCGUCUGCUCGAAGUGUGAUGCGUUGUUUUCGCUCCUUAAGAUCUCAAUACAGCUAGAGAUUGAGAUAAAAAGGCAUCUAGCCCUUUAUUAUGCUGGUUGGUUGGUGUGUGAUGAUUCUGCAUGUGGAAUCAAGACAAGACAAAUAUCGGUGUACGGUAAGCGUUGUAUUGGCUCUUCAGGAACGGCUCAUGGGUGCAAAGGUGUCAUGCGCUACAAUUACAGUGAUAAAGCUCUCUACAAUCAAUUGCUCUACUUCGACGCGAUUUUCGAUGUUGACAAGGCCAAGAAGAAACAGUUGAAACCAAUAAGCGAAGAGCGCGAUUUGGCUGAAAUGACCAGCGGAGAAGUAAAUGCGCUUGCAGAGCAGAACAGGGGAUCUUUCGAUCAUUACCGAAGUGUGGUUGACCAAUACUUGAGUGUAUGUGGGCGUCGUUACGUCAGCUAUAAGUCGCUUUUCGAUUUCAUGACAUGAGCAUGUGAACAAAUACGCUUUUUAUUUAAUCUAGACUUGGUUAGCAACCUCAGAGUGGGUAGUGCCCAAUGUACCACGUAGCUCCUGCUCUCUCUCUAUCGACUCAAAAAGCC